AUGUCUGCAUGCAUAGCCAAGUGUGGCAGGAUCCGUCACAUUGUUCAACUCAGGCAAUUGCUAAGGAGAUGGCGCCAAAAAGCAGCAUUAAGAAGCUACAACUCCUCCUCAGCAACCAAGAAGAUCCCAACAGAUGUCCCUUCAGGGCAUGUAGCCGUUGCAGUAGGAAACAGUGGCAAAAGAUACAUUGUACCUGCGAGUCACCUUAACCAUCCAAUCUUCAAGAAAUUGCUAGUUCAGGCUGAAGAAGAAUAUGGUUUUGGUAAUAAUCAUGGUCCACUAGCCAUUCCAUGCGAUGAGUCUCUUUUCGAAGAAAUUCUUCGAUUUUUAUCUAGAUCCGAUUCGAGUAACUCAGCUCGGUUUUUCACUCUUGAUGAUUUUCAAAGACACUGUAAUGCCAGGUUGAGAUCAACAACAGCUCUAGAUUUUUGGUCAGAUUCUAGGCCACUUCUUAAUGGUCAUUGUGACAAAUCGAUCUGGUAA